GAAGUAAACCAUCUUGGAUUCUCUUGCAUUCUAAUAUUCUAUCCCUCAAACCGAAAUGGGCGAAAAUAAACGAAAACGCGGUCGUAAACCCAAAACGCCGGCCGAAGAAAACAAGGAUUUCCUGUACACUACCGCCAAAGCAAACGAUGUCGCCUCUGGACCCUUCUCCGUUACCGUCCCCGCCACCGAAACUACAGCAGAGCCUAAAGAUCUCUCGCCCUCCCGGCGCGGCCGCGGCCGUCCCCGCAAGGUCAAGAAGAACAAAAACCCGCGCCCCAACAUAGCGGCUUCUCCAGAACGCCGGGGUUCCAGACACACGGAGCAAAACGGCGACUUCGCGCACCCAACGUCUGCAACGACGACGAUGGCGGCGAUUACUACCACUGCGGUCGUCUCGGAGCCCGUGAGUUGGGAGACCGUUGUUAAGGUGGUGCCUUCCAUGGACGCGGUUGUGAAGGUGUUUUGUGUUCAUACGGAGCCCAAUUUCUCGCUGAUGUGGCAGAGGAAGAGGCAGUACAGCUCGAGCAGCAGUGGCUUUAUCAUUGGGGGUAGGAGGGUCUUGACCAAUGCGCAUUCGGUGGAGCACCAUACCCAGGUGAAGUUGAAGAAGCGGGGUUCAGAUACCAAGUACUUGGCAACGGUUUUGGCAAUCGGGACUGAGUGUGAUAUCGCGAUGCUGACUGUGAGUGAUGACGAGUUCUGGGAAGGAGUUUCGCCAGUGGAGUUUGGAGAUUUGCCUGCACUCCAAGAUGCCGUAACUGUUGUGGGCUAUCCGAUUGGGGGUGACACAAUCUCUGUGACAAGUGGUGUUGUGUCGCGCAUGGAGAUACUCUCUUAUGUUCACGGGUCAACAGAACUUCUUGGGUUGCAGAUAGAUGCUGCAAUAAACUCUGGAAAUUCUGGUGGGCCUGCCAUUAACGAUAGAGGAAAGUGCGUGGGCAUUGCAUUUCAAUCUCUUAAACAUGAAUAUGUGGAGAACAUUGGUUAUGUCAUACCAACACCAGUUAUUAUGCACUUCAUUAAAGAUUAUGAGAAAAAUGGGGCAUAUACAGGGUUCCCAAUUCUUGGAGUUGAGUGGCAGAAGAUAGAAAAUCCUGAUCUACGCAUGGCAAUGGGGAUGAGACCUGAUCAGAAGGGUGUCCGUAUAAGAAGAAUUGAACCCACAGCUCCUGAAUCUCAGGUUCUGAAUCCAUCUGAUGUUAUCUUGAGUUUUGAUGGGGUUAAUAUUGCUAAUGAUGGAACAGUUCCAUUCCGGCAUGGAGAGCGCAUUGGUUUCAGUUAUCUUGUAUCUCAAAAAUACACGGGGGAUUAUGCUUUGGUAAAAGUUCUUCGUGAUUCAGAGGUACUUGAGUUCAACAUAAGACUUGCAGCUCACAAGCGGCUCAUCCCAGCACACAUCAAGGGCAGGCCGCCCUCCUAUUUCAUUAUUGCUGGAUUAGUUUUUACCACGGUAUCCGUACCCUAUCUUCGUUCUGAGUAUGGAAAGGAUUAUGAAUUCGAUGCUCCAGUCAAACUGUUGGACAAGCAUCUACAUGCAAUGGCAGAAUCAGUAGAUGAACAGCUUGUUGUUGUUUCUCAGGUCCUUGUGGCUGACAUUAAUAUUGGAUAUGAGGAUAUUGUUAAUACUCAGGUUCUUGCUUUCAAUGGUAAACCUGUAAAGAAUCUUAAGAGCUUGGCCUGCAUGGUAGAGAGUUGUGAUGAUGAAUAUCUGAAGUUUGAGCUGGAGUACCAACAGAUAGUGGUCCUACACACAAAGACUGCCAAAUCAACAACCUUAGAUAUUUUGACUACACAUUGUAUACCUUCUGCAAUGUCCGAGGACCUCAAAACUUGAGAGAAGAUUGUGGGGAAGGUACAGAAGAUUGCAUCGUUAUAAGGAAAGGGUAGAGCAAGAUGCAGAAGAUGCUACUCAAGUAGCUGUUCUUGUAGUUCAUCUUAUUCUUUGGCCCCGCAGAAAUGUACCGUGACCGUGGGGUUUGCAUUACUUGCUUUAACGUUUGGAUCUGAAUUAAUGGGCUUCAUACGUUUUGUGAUUACGAGUAGAAGAAUAUAUGGAGAUGAAGGCUGGUUUCCCCAGAUCCAGAAACAUCUAAUGAUUCGCGGCUUUUUAUAUUUUGUUGGUUUCGAACCCCAUCAAUUCAUAAUAGAAUGUGACAGAUUUUGAUUAACAA